GCAAUCGCGCGCUCGUCACGUGACUGUCGUUUGCAGUCAUGGCCGACGACUACAGACGAAGCGUCGAGCUGGAGAGGAGGAUUUUUGAGUUAGAUAACAAGUGUGCCACACUUCGAACCGAGAAACCAGAUGAUGACUACUUACAGAAUGCCUCUUCCAUACUAGACAAGUUGAAAACCUAUUAUAGACAUGGAGGAGAGAGCAGCAGCCUCCCUAAACUUCUGCAGGAUUAUACACAGGUUGUCUUGGACAUUACAUUCUACGAGGAAAACAAGCUUGUAGAUCAGGAGUUUCCUGAGGACACUUCUCCUUUCAAAAUCCAGCAGUUACUACAGGACUUGACAGAGCCAGAGGUGUUAGCAGGGCGACUGGUACCUGCUCAAGAGGUGCAGUCUGUGCUUGGACUGGAGCUGCUGGAAUGCCUAUACUGGAGGCGUGGGGCAUUAUUAUAUAUGUACUGCCACACACUACACCAGCGCAAGCAGUGGAUCAAGAAGAACAAAGCCACAUUCCUUAAGUGUCUUCAAGAAGGUGUGCGUUACCUUAUGAGAAUGUUGCAAGUGAGGAACUCAGUCAAGCUGAACGAUGGUGUGGUUUUUCAUGACUCUGCAACCGCCAAUUUUCUGGCAGAAGGUAUCUUUUCUGAUACUCACUUGCUUACAAUGAUGUACAUUGGUGAGAUGUGUUUCUGGGCAGUGAAAUAUGAGGACUGCAGCAUGGACACCACAGAGCGCAAAGAGGACAGGCUUCAUUUCCGAGAUAUUGGCACACAAAUCCUCCAUAAGUAUGUGCUGGCAUGCGAGGGGCCACUUCAGGGUCAGGGCUGGAACACGGAGAAUGCCAAGGAGAUCCUUAGUAUUUUACAGUAAACCUGGAGAGAGCUUUUAGGAGAGGAGGUUCACAAAAUGUCAUUGUUCUGAAGCUAGCAAAAAAAAAAAAAAAUUAAACAAACAAAAAAGAUUAAAAAAGAAAAAUACUGAAUACAAAAAAGGCACUUAUCUUCCGGUCCAGAUUUGCUUUCUGGAUGUGUGUUUUCGCUGAGAAUGUGGAAUAAUACUUCUAAUGUAAAAUAUAAACAAAUAACUAUUUGUUUAAGGAAACAGUUAUUCCAGCUGAGAAGCAUCACACAACUUUUUAUUUAUUUUUAUUUUUAUUUAUUUAUUUUUAGUUCAUUACAUUUAUAUAUGUCAUUUAUAUAUGUUAAAAGAAAUGGUACAAAUGAGAUGAGAGGGAGAUGCAGAUAUAUGUUGCAUAUUUAAGUAUUCGUGACCAUUUUUAAUUAUGGACCUUUUCUUUUUAAUAACAUCUUUGUAUAUGACACCUCUUCUGCUCACUUAUUCAAAGUUACAUCUUUACUGCUUUCUUUGACCAGAUGUAAUGUUCAGAGAUGGGAAUUUGGAUAUUUUGAUAGUAUACUUUUAAAAUGCUAAACCUUUUGGUCAUUAUUCUUUUUAAAAGGAAGUUCAUUUUUUUUUUUUUUUUUAUGUCUUCAUUGAAAUAAAUUUUGGGUUAAGAAAUGUGAAUGUGCGAGUGAUAUUUUGGUUUCACAUGCAUUUAGAUGUUGUUAUACCAGAAAAGUUAUUUGGAGUGUUAAUAGAUAAAGGUUGCUGAUUGCCUUCAUGUUUCCAGUGAUUGUCAAAAGGUUUCCAGACAAAUGAUCUCAAGUUGUAUCUGUAUUUUAUUCCCUCAUUGCUAAUCUUGUAAUGUUAACAUAGUAACAACUAACAUUCAUAAAGCUUCAAGGUGAGGCAAUUAAAAAAAAACAUAACAGUUUAUUUAACUGUCCAGCUUGAGAGUUCUGAAAAGUGCAAACACUUUUGGUGCUGGUGUAAUAUUCAUAAGACAAUAUUUAUUUUCAAAACAAAGACAUGUGCUUAAUGUGAUCUAAAGCUUACAUUGCUAUCAGUUUUGGGGUAAUUAGCUACCCUACAUAAUGUUAGUGCCUUUUACUGGUUAAUAUGAUUUUGUUGAAUGUGUACACUUGUUUGAAGUAAACACACAAAAGAUGA